UUUGAACAGUACAAGCUGAGCUGUAUGGUGAGGAUUGUUGACAGUCAUUGAAGUGUACUUGCACCGUUGUUCCACCUUCCUGUGUUUCACAGCAUACUGUAUAUGCCUGAGGUUAGAUUAUUGUGAAAAAUAGCCCCAACCGAAAGGACCAGUCAGUGUUGUGUUAACCCGAUUGAAAACAAUUUUACAGGGCUAGAGAUUUUGUAAAGGGCCUUGCAUUUUGAUGGUAGACUAUUGACAGAGCUCUAGUGCUGGUACGGGUACAAAUCAACCGCAGAACAGGAGCCAAAACACCAGGAUUUAUUGGUGUUGUUUAGACAACUUUCACUUAUUAUUAUAAUUUACUACCCAAGCGGAUGGUGUCUUAGACCGUUGGUUUCUACAUCACUGGAUUUUACCUGGUUUAAAAAUCUGCUUAUAUAUGGUUUACGGAUUAUUAUUUUGAAACCUGCUGCUGGGUGUUUUAGGAAAAUACAUAGAAAAUUCAAACAGAUAUAUCUAAGAAAUGGCUGGGGUAAGCAGACAACAGACGGGGAUCUUCCUGUGUUCUAUUCUUUACAUUAUUUAUUUAACAUCAAUUGUCAAAGCAGAAUAUGGAGGUUGUGCCAUUGGAGGGUCCGAGGGGUUACUUUCCCAUAGGAAACUAUCCGUGUGCUCGGGAACGUGGCAGGGACAUAUAAAGAAAGCAGAAAACCUAUGUGCAAUAGGAUGGAGUGUGUGCUCACAUGAAGAUGCCAACAUUCUUAAAACCAUCGGUUGGGACGAGGCCAUGAAGAUAGACGGCUGUUUCGCCUUCAAUGCUGCACAAGAUGGCGGUGGUUGUAAACCGUGUGAAAGCAACCUAGAACAAGAUGAUCUAGGGGCUAUUGGACGAAGUUGCCCACACCAAAACCAAGGCCAGACGUCAUGUAUUGGAAGUGGUAGAAUUGAUGCAAGCUGCUGCGUGGACACAUACUUCCGAAGGUCUUGUUCUUUUAGGCCCGGUAUUACAGGGGUUUUGUGCUGUAAAAAACCAGAGAAAGAACCUGAAAUUGAUACAAAGCUACCCCCUGAGAUGAAGAUACUGUCAGGAUUCAAUAUGACACUGACUUGCCAUGCCUCCGGUCUUCCUGAACCAAACCUACGGUGGUUCCGUAACGGCAAAAUUAUCCAUAAAGAAGAUAAGCGACUGAAAUUAGACAAAGGUGCUCUAACAUUAUCAAAGAUUGAAGAACAAGACACCGGCUCGUACUCUUGUGUAGCUGAUAAUUUGUCCGGAUUUGACAGAAAAGAUACGUUUAUCACUGUAGUUAAAAAUGACACACAAAUAACCGAGAUAAAUUCAUCUCGAAUUGUCAUUAAUAUCAAAGUACCUGAUGAGGAAAUGGGAUGUCAUGAUAAAUCAGUAGAAGGCCUGAAUCACCUACCUGGGAUCGUUGCGUGCCAUGGUGCGUGGAAAGGACACGUAAAACAUGGUAAAGUGCUGUGUGCACAAGGAUGGAGUGUCUGUAACCAUAACGACCAAAAGUAUUUGAAUCUUAUUUCAUGGGAAGAUGCAAACAGUAUGAAUGGAUGCUAUGCAUAUAAUGCAGCGAAUAAUUUUGGAAGGUGUCGCAAGUGUUCAGGAAAAAAUCAUGAAGAUAAUAUGGGUGGUAUUGGUAGGCAUUGCUCACAACGAAGGCCGAACAAGUCAUCGUGUUUAGCAGGCGGUAGAAUUGAUGUAUUCUAUGGGCAUAAGAAACGUGGUGGUCCAAGUUGUUCGUAUAAGCCAGGCCUUGUAUCUGGUGUGUUGUGCUGCAAGAUAGAAAAAGCUAAAGAAGAAAAACCAACCUGUUCACCUGGCUGUGAGAAUGGUGGAGAAUGCAUGGAAGGCAAUCGGUGCAAAUGUACUGAGGGUUUCAAAGGAGCUCGUUGUCAACUAUCAACUUGUAAAAGACCUUGCGAAAAUGGUGGUAGAUGUGAUGGUGGUAAAUGUAUGUGUCCGGCAAACACACGAGGGCGCUUUUGUCAACGUAUUACAGAACCAAGACAUUCUAAAAAGCAGAAGAACAAGAAGAAAACCCAUUGAUCACCCAACAAACAUUUCAUAAACAACUAUGAACGGGUUGCAGGCAUUUUGCUGAAACUUAAUUAAAAGUAUUAAGUGUAAAAUAUUUGUACAGUUUGAGAAAUAUAAAUGAACGAUUUAUAAUGAAAAAAAAAUGUGAUGGAAAAAAGCGGGAAAUGGAAGAAUUAUGGAAAACCUGGGAUUUGGAAAGCAAUGAAAAAAACUGCAGUAUGGAAGUUUAAUUUGGGCUGUGAUUGUUUGACAAUUCAACAAAUUAUUGAUAUAUAACAUUGGGUGUAUUUUCAUGGUAAUUUAUUCUACAUUUGGAGGGAAAAGUGUUUUUCUUUAACGCAAAGUACUGUGGCAAUUAGAAACAGUGCCUUAGCUUAGUGUGGAAAAAAAGGAUAAUAGGGAAGAAGACUGCAUUCAAGAAUCAUUGAUGCUACAGGUUUACCCCUGUUUUUUGUGUUUGGAAUUCUUUCCUAACUAAUCUACUCUUGGAGCCACCAAAAUAUAUGGGCUAAUAAAAUGAAAAUAAAAAGAGAUGUAAUGUACACUCAGUCUUGAAACAUGUCACAGGUCAAAAGUUAAGUGACGAUAAUGACUGUAGUGAACAACUGCAGUACCUCUGCAAAAUUGAAAAAUGAAAUGUUCCUUGUUAGACAUAGGAUUCGCAUUUAGCAGUUGCAGUAUUCUUUACACAAGAAAAAUUGAGCUGACUGACUGCUUAUAAAAUUUGUACUAUAAAAAUUACUUUCUAUUAUAUAAAAAUAAGAAAACUAAUUAUGCUCAAUAAAUGUGACUUCCCUUUUCACUUAAAAAUAUCCACUGAUAUAAUUUAUCAGAUUAAUUCAAUUUUUUAUUCACUUAAAAUUUGGAGAGCAAAAAGCAAUAUUGAAUUAAAUCUACAUAAAAAAGUUAUACAGAAAGGAGGAUUGGCUGGAAGGCUAGGACAUAAACCCAUAUAAAAUAUAAAACUAGUAAAAAUAUUUUUUUUUUGUCUGUGAAGAAAUUAUUUAAAUGACAAUCGAAUAUGUCCUUUUCGGUAAAAUUUAUUGAAAGUGACAAGUAUAAAUUUACUCACCUUCAAUUCUGCAGUGUUAUAUCACCUUUUGUCCAUGUUAUGCAAACUGAAAUAAGUGAUGAAAAGGCUUAAUUUCUUCAGGGAAACAUAAAAUUAAUCUGAUAAAAAUUUUCAUGAAAUCUUAUUUUCUUUAAAAUUUAUUUGAUUCAAAAUGACAUGUAUAAUAAAAUGUGCAUGGCCUCUUGAAUAGUGGUUUCAGUGCAAUAUAACCAAGAAAGUAAGAAAUUUAAUGAUUUUUGUUGUUAGAUUUUAAUUAAUUAUGUUUAUUCUUCAUUUAAUGAGAUAAUAAUAAUAUUUAAAUUGUUUGAUUAGUUUUUUUAGGAUGAUUACCAAGAGUUUCUCUUUAUGUCGGAGGAAUGGUAUGAAUACCGUCAAAUGUUGUGUUGUUUGAACAUAGGAUUGUAAUUAUUUCAUAGCAAUUAUCUGGAUUGUUGCAACUCAAAAACGAAUGAAUAGUUAAUGAUUGUUUAUUAUGACAAUCAAAAUUUUGCAUUUAUAAAAUAUUUAUAGUAUUGUUACUAUAGAUUCGACAUAAAACAUAAAAACAUCAAUUGGUGUUCUAUGUUGAAAGUAGUCUACAUAGGCCUAUAUUUUAAGUUACAUUAUGAUGUCUUAAGAAAAGUAGAUGCUUAUAUUUUGGUGUAACUUGAGGAAAUAAACAUAAACAUUUACAAAACUAUAUGUAAUAAUCAAAUAACUGUGGAAAAAUAUUGUCUCAGUAAGAAAGAACAGACUAUGAUGACUAUAAUAGUUAUUUAAUAUAUAGUCAUGGACCUAUUAAUAGGUCUAUGAUAUAGUGUACAGUAUACAUAUAUUGUGACAAAUAUGAAAAGUUGAAUGCCGCCCUCUUGGUACAAUUUAAUCUCAUCCAAUGCUUGUUGGUUUUUUUCUUAUUCGUGCUUAAUAGUAAACCUAAAUCGAGUAGUAAAAAGAAAGGAUAUCAAAGCAAAUACUCUUUGACAUAAAUUUCCAUAAUUUGGUCUAAUAAUUCCGAGGGUGGGGGCUCAUAAGAAUCGUUUGUUUUAUGUAAAAACAAUGUUUUAAUUUUUAUUAUAGGCUAAGUGGAAAACAGAUGUUUUAGAUUUUUAUGUUCGAUGACUUAUUGCUAAUCGACGAGCACCCGCGAUAAUUUAUAUGUUUUAUGUGUAUAAAUACUGAUUAAAAUUACUAUUUGAAAUGUGUAAAUAGCAACGAAAAUCUCUGCGAUAUAUUUUGUAUUUAUAUAUUAGUUUUGAGAAAUUUCUCUCUUUCGCAUCAACUGUUUUGAUAAUAAAAUAGUUGCCUAAAUCAUCAA